AGGCCUGCCGGCGGAGUCGAUAGAACGACAGCUGUCCGCAGGUCGCAGCCUGUUUAGUUCACCGGACGCUGGUGAGAGUCUUCAUGUGGCGACUUCGUAUGUGGCCUCGCGUCCCGCACAGGAGGCCCCGGGCCCUGGGAGUUGGGCCCUGCCACGACGCUCCCCAAUGAAGUCCCACCCCCAUGGGGCCUGGUGGCACCUGGAAACAGACCCCGUAGUGGCAGCGUCCAGACUCUGACCACCCAGUAACACCCCCGCCCCCACUGUCUCUGGAAGAAGGGAUUGCGCAUCCUGCUAGCCCGGCCGACCGCCUCGGCCGUAUCGACGGGUGCCGCACCGCCGGCGGCGGAAUCCGCAGCAGCAGCGGACUAGAGCCAUGGGCAAGCAGAACAGCAAGCUGAAGCCCGAGGUCCUGGAGGACCUCCGGCAGAACACCGAAUUCUCGGACGCCGAGAUCCAGGAGUGGUACAAGGGCUUCCUCAAGGACUGCCCCAGCGGGCACCUCUCCAUUGAGGAGUUCAAGAAGAUCUACGGCAACUUCUUCCCCUACGGGGACGCGUCCAAGUUCGCCGAGCACGUGUUCCGCACCUUUGACGCCAACGGGGACGGCACCAUCGACUUCCGCGAGUUCCUGUGCGCGCUGAGCGUGACGUCGCGCGGCCGCCUUGAGCAGAAGCUCAAGUGGGCCUUCAGCAUGUACGACUUGGACGGCAACGGCUACAUCUCGCGCCAGGAGAUGCUCGAGAUAGUCACGGCCAUUUACAAGAUGGUGGGGUCUGUGAUGAAGAUGCCGGAGGACGAGUCGACGCCCGAGAAGCGCACCGACAAGAUCUUCCGGCAGAUGGACAAGAACAUGGACGGCAAACUCUCGCUGGAGGAGUUUAUUGAGGGCGCCAAAAGUGACCCCUCGAUUGUGCGGCUACUCCAGUGCGACCCUCAGUCCUCUCCACUGAUCGCCGCCAGCGUCGCUACUGCCUCCUGACGCCGUCGCCCUCUUGCGCUGCCCCGCCCACUCACCGGUGCAUCAAGCUGCUCCUCCUACCUCCUCUCCCGCCAGACCUACCAAUCACGGCCAAGCGCGAGAGUUCUCUCUUUUUCUCUCUUAAUUUCACUGGGGAAGCCACGCCCUGUGUCCCCCUCCCAAUUCCUUCGCUCUUUCUCAGCUUUCAUUGUAACGAUGCUUUUUUGACUUCUUUGUCACCACGGGCUGGAGCUGUGUCCUGGAAUGAUGAACUCUGGCAGUAUGUCGCUUUUGGCAUAUUCUAAAUGACUGAUCCAGUGAAAGAUGCUUCAUUUAAUUUUGAUUUGUUUCAACCGUAACUGCCAAAAGGCAUUAUGUACAGUUGGUGACAAACUCAACUCGGACAAGGAAGACACUCCUAUAGCUGCUUAACUUUAGCAAAUGUGGGCUAUACGAAGCAAAGAUUGAAUGCUUUGAAAGGGAUACACAUUAAGCUAGCACAUUCAAGGCUAACCAGAAAUCUCAAGCACCCUCUGCAGGAGAAGCAGAAAAGUAGAUAAGGCUUGUUCUGGUUAAGUAUGAUGGUGACUGAUCAUACGGGGAGGCAUUCACUUGUUCAUUUGCUCGGGAAAUUAAGGACGUUGUGAAAACAAUAAACCAGACAAUAUGAAAAGGAAAAAUGCAGUCUGUUAUACAUUUCUAGCAUAUUAGUUUCAUUACUUCCUAUAACCCUACAGUACUAGUGCAAGAAAAAUUCUACGUAAUCCUUGUUUGAUUAACAAUCUUAAAGAACUGUCAUUUUAUUUGCGAGACGUGUUCAUGUGCAGGAGUGGUGAGUAAACCGUUGGCAUUAUUAUUUACGAUGCUUGGUUGUCAAAGGCCAAAUAUUAGUCUUCAGGCAGGUUUCUUUGAGCGUGUGAUGAUUGGCAGAGCCAGGAAAAGUAGAUUCAAUGAAAAACAUUUGCGUGCAGACAGACAUAUUUGUCGCUGGAGUUUGGAGACAUCUGUCAUGUUCAGCUAAUACGCUUUCUGUUACAGCAGGGCAUUAAAUGUGCUUGCUUAUCUUUGUUAGCUGGCUGCACCCUCGGAGAAUAUGACGACGCCAAUCAUAAGCAUGAAGUGCUGGUAAAGAAUGAAGAAAAAUUUGUCGCUGUUUGAGUGGCUACCUUCUCCACAGUGUGGAUAGUACGAAAGCAAUGCAACCAAGCAAACAGGCAAACAGCUAUGUUAAGUAUGUGCACUACCCAAUAAAAACCAUAAGUGACGUUAUGGAUGGCAUGCACUUAGUGCUGCUGCGGAACAUCUUGCUCCUAAGCGAGGCAUCACGCAGAAAUUUGCAUCACGCUGGAAUAGUGUCGCCAAAAGUCGUCAUUCCAGUAGACCUGCCCCUGGCUUGCACCUGUGCCACUACGCCGCACCAAUUUUGUGAAGAAUGUACCGUCAGUGUGGCAUACGAGUAUAGCACUGUCUGCACUGCUCUUGCACCUGUCUGCACCACUCAUUGUGAAGGGCAGUGAUUUAGUCAUUGCCGGUCUCAGACUGGUCCAUUGCUUUGCGAGACAAAGGUUAAUGACCCUCCUGGCUGAAGUGCUGUCUUGUCCACGCUCAGCUAUCACUGUUUCACAGUUUAAUACGACGCUCAGGUGCCGUGUUGGCUGAUUUAUUACAGUCAGAAUUACAUGUGGGCAGUCUAUGGCAAUGCUGAUCUUAAGAACACAAAUUUACUAACAGAGAAGUGGUGUUACUCUUUUUUGGAACAUGAAUACUGACAUAAUGUGGAGAGGUUUUAAGACAAAGUGGAGAGGUUCGGCGUUUCAGUGACAGAUGACGCCAGCAUUUCUUUCAGUAUGAAGAUAGUGUGUUGAUGUGUCACAACCGCAGAUUCAUACCACAUCUAACAUGGUAUUAAACAAAUUGCUGCACCAAAUAAGUGCUACUUGUUUGUGAAAUUUGAAUGUGAACAGCUGUUUAUCUGAGAGAGCCACCAUACUCGUCUCCUUAGGUAUGACUUCGACAUGACUUUGUAAUGGAAGUGUAUGGCAUUGAUAAAUGUAAGAUUAAAAUGGCUGAACCCUAGAAAUCGGCUGGAUGAUGAAACCUGAGAAUGCUGCAAGUUGGUGCUUUAAAGUAGAGCCAGACUAUUCGAAUGUGCUUAAGAAUGGAAGCACCGGAGAAAACGGUUCUCUCAGAGCUGGUAUGCGAGGACAAGGCACGGCCAGGAGCCAUGACUUUUGUUUUAUAUGCUGUUGCCCCUGCACAGAAUUUUCAGCACCGAAACAGGAUGCUUGGCUGCUGCAUUGAUUGGCGGUCUUCACAGCAAAGCUCUGGGCGUGGCCACACGCUAACACUAUUUAAGUUGCAAAGCCACGGUACAGGUGUGUUGUGCAAAAGAAACAAGAAUGCUACUGCGCACAAAUGCUGCUUUCUGUAAAUGCAACAUUGGCACCCUUUUCGGUCCUCAUUAAGAGCUUGUCCAGUAUUUGCGGGCUGUUGGGCUCUGUUGCAUUAUCAUUGCCCGCUUACUCCAUGCUCAAGCACGCAUAGUUUUUCUUGUCUAGCGGCAACUCUCUAGCGUUACUAGGUUUAUUGCGUUGAAAGUUUCUAAAAAUGUUUUUGUUGCAUUUGUUGCGUCACAUUGUUGCGUGUGUUUUAAGAGGAGUACUGACAUGACAUUUUCGACUUAUUAUUUUUUGCAAUGGAUCAAGGUUUGACUAUUCUAAACCCUAGAAAUGAUAGCGGCAAUCGUCGGAGCACUCUAAAUAGGUUACUUUAACGCUCGUUUAUACAAAACCAUUUCUGUACGCAGGAGAUGUAUGCGCCAUGGUACGCUGGCUCACUUUGUUCCUGCGACCACUGCGGUUGCCAUACUUCGACACCGCCAAAAAAUAUCUACACAGCACUCUCAUUUGCUUUCUUAAAAGUGACAUCAUCGUAUACUAGCCUUACUGCUCCAUGCUGUCAGCAAAUUUAUGUCUGUGUCGGGACGUUGCAAACUUUGACGCUAGUCCGGCAUUUCGAGACCAUCUUUAGUACCAAAUAUGUUUCCCAACCUUCGUGCUUGCUAAGUCAUCUUUUUAUGUGCAAGAGUGCUAGUAUCUACAACUUUAAAAAAUUAUGUAUAGGAAAAAUGUAUCGGUACUCCUUUAAAACUCCCAAAGUUCCAGCGACCCAACAUUCUGUGUUCAUUUGCACCGCAGACUUCAUCGCCUGUUUCACUUAUUUUCCGUGGUUGUCUGGAUCAGUGGCCUCCGUAACACUGUUUGACCCAGCUCUGCAAGCAUCGUGUGGGUACUCACUGUGGAGAUUGGUGGACUCUAAUGGCAUUCUUAAUUGAAGUGAUGAAGAGCUCAUUUGAAGGUGUGACGUUUGGCAUCCUUUCUAGGAUACCUCUCGUUCUCUGUGCUGUGACAUACGAUGCACUUACGCGGCAUUACUUGAAAUUCAAGUGUGAAUGGUAAACUAAACGUAUGCUGUGUCUGGCUGUCGUAGGAGCUGAAAUCUGACUACUCAAUGACUUCAAGGCUUUUUGUCUCUACUGUGCAUGGUUUAGACACUUGUGUGAUCAUAAAGCUGCAAGCGCAUUCCGAGCGCUUGGUGUUUCACUUUUUGUUAUUGUGUAGGAAUGAUGGCUAUUGAGGCGUGUUGAUUGUAAUUUAUGAACUUUCUCGCAUUUUGUUCCGCGUUGCAUUUUGUGCGCGUACAGUGUCAUGAACUUCUUGGAUGUUUGGUGUCUUAUUUUGAACGCUUGUGUGGCAUGUUCUUUUGGAUGCCUUAAGAGAUGUCUCGCACCUUUGCCUUUUUUCAAUUUUUAUUCCUCUCGUUUGUUUUGCUCAAAUCAUUAGUCAACUCAGCUUGUUCUGUGGCCUUGUCUUGAGUCGCAAAAUGAGAAUACUAUCUUUAGAAUCAUCUGAUCACCCAAAAGGCCACAUUAUCAUCAUAGCUCAUUCUUAGCUUGGGUUGUUGUCAUUGGGACUCCUCAGAAGGUGCAUUUUUCGGCACUCUGGACUUCAGGGGGAGCUUUCACAUCCUCAACAGGCUUUUUCCUCAUUCUUAUUUAGUUUUUCUCUGCAUUCGAAACAGCAGUUUAUCUUUCCUAUCUCUCUCGGUGUUCUUUCAAUGCAGUGUGAAGUUUGGUCAUAGCCAUCAUGUUCCUCCACUUUUAUUGACACAUUUAAAAGCAGCCUCUUUAGGAAUUAGUUGGUUGUCAUGAAAGAGUUCUGUGUAAAGUGCCGAGGGCAGUUUGAUUUUACGCCACUGUCUACUUAAGAUGCUCUUCUGGUUUCACUUCAGCUACUUUAUCGCAGUCCACUGACCUCUCGAAAAGUCUUUGCCCUACCCACGCGUCAGCUGUUUCUGGCUUUCCCAGUGAUUUUUGAUGCUCCUUAGGCAUGAUGCCCGGUGAUUGUACCUGCAAACGGUGCUUUUGCAAGGCCCAUCAGGAAUUCGUGUCUUGGAGGGAAGAUAACGAAAAGUUUUUCUGGAGUGGUGUCAACCUCUAGGUUGUUUGCGCCGAUGGCGCCUUUCCCGUUGGCUCGAUGUGGCAACGCAGUUUUUCCCAUGGUCGCCGUAAGGUUUAUGUACAGCUUUGGCGACAUCGUUGGCGGACAGAAAGUGGGAAUUCUGAUGUCCAGCAACAGCGACGUCAUUUCGGUCUUGUUAAUACUGUGUCCCCGGGGUAGGCCAAGGGUGGAACAAUGAAAGGGCGGGGAGAGGAGACGUAUAAGUUGGCGCCAGGCAUUGCUCAAAGGUGUCACGAUGUGAAUGGACAGCCAAACGGACACAAACAAACAAAAAAGUGCGAUGGCACUGUACUGCAGGCUUUGAAACAUGAUGAGUCUGUGAGCGUUACCGUUCUGUGUUGUGGGCUGUGUGUACAAAAUAACACACUCGAAUCAGGAGGAAAUACUAUGCCCUUUGGAGUGGCUGUAGGAUAACGUCAGAAGCGACACUCCUUAGUGUCUAGAACAUUUUACAUACUGGCACCCUCUGCCCUCUGGUGGCAACAACGCAAACUUCGGUGCAUGGUCUGUUGUGCCCUGUCUACGCACUCUCUCACUGAUCUUCCUUUUACGUCAGAUCAUCCAGUUGCUGGCACAUGUUGGAGCAUGCACAGGUCUCGUCUGCUUCCUGUUUGUAACUGCCCCAUGAGUUAAGUGCUUGAAAUGCUUUUUUUUUCUUCUCCGAACCGUGUAUGUUAGGAUUAUUUCUGAGCCAUCUUCAAAAAGCCUCUUGUGUCAUCAUCAUGAGUGAGGAAAAGGAAGACGAUUGAUUUGUAAUCUGUGCAGACUGUGGUGUGCCUUAACACUCACAGACUCUCAUACUGCGAGGUCCUGCAGUUGCAUUCUCUGUGCGUCGUGAUGGAGUCGGUCCUUUUCACCGUGACAUGCAUGGUUGCCACCCGUUUCUCCUUUUGCGUUUCUUCUUGCAGGUGGGAAUAAAGCAGCGACGUACUGGUGGCACAGGUGACCCGACGGGUCGUUUGUGCUCCAUAUUUUUCAGACAAGUCUGUCACUAUUUGCAUGCGUGCCCCGCCUCAUGGCAGUUUUAAACUGAGUACGCCGUGAUUGCAGCCCUUGAGCCAAAAUGUAAUAUUCCUCGCUGUCUUCUUACUGUGUACAAAACCCGUUUGCAUAAUUAUCUUUUGUAUCACGCGAUUUGUGCAAGACUGAAACGGUCCUUGUCAAAUCAAGUGCGCUGCUGAAUCUCACGAGUCAUCUUGCGAAAGGGAGGGCCGAAGCUUGAAGCUUGCUUCUGUGACUGCUGGUGCUUUUCCUUUUUAAUGUAUUUCUGGCUGCUUGCGCCACUAUGGCUUGAUUACGAUGAACUAAUAUUGUCUCUAAUUGUGUUGACCUAUGUGGUGUUUAUGGCCCAGACGUACCCCCCCCCCCCCCCCACCCCUCCGAGGUGUUUUCAUACUCAAGCUGUUGCACUUUUUUGACAUCUAUUCCACACACCUACUAUACUGAGUCACUUCGAAUACUGACUUGAUCCGCAUUCUGUAACAUUGCUUCUGUGGACACUUGUAGUGCGAGCAUAUAUUUGUCGAGACCCGCUAUUAUAUGCGAGAUUCCGGCUCGCGACCAGUAUGAUCACUUUAUAUUACUCCUGCUUUGAAUUACUGAGUCGCCGCUUGUGCUGGAUUGUGUGUGCAAAAUGUUUGGUGGUUUCUCUUUUUGUCGUGUGCAUUUGUGUUGUGCUAUUUCCCGGAAUACACACCAGUGCUUUGGUAGCUAGCAGACCUGACUUUGUAAGAACAUCUUGAUUAAGGGAGAUUUUUUUGUAACAGCUUCAGUUUAAUUCAUAUGAAAAUUAUGCUGUGCUUCAUGCUGUGUUCACAUUGUCAUUGCACAUUCCUGUGAUCAUGCUAUUGUUGACAUAAAUGCUCUGUUGUUGACAUCAAAGCUAAAUCGAAAAGCUUUCUUGGUGAACAUAUUUGAUGCCUCUUACAAUGUGAUGGCAGAUGGAAGAGGUGAUGUGAAACUCGUAAUUGAGUCCUGCAUUUUAGUUUAGAGCUGAAGUGCAAACUUGCAACAUGAGCAAGUUUUGCAGCAGCUUACAUGCCACCCAUUCAAGCACAUAUCGGUGUGCGUUGUGAGUAAUCUGAUUCGCAAAGUGGUUAACAAUUGCAUGUGUUGCUACACAGCAAGCUAGGCUGGUCUAAAAUUGUUUGGGGGGAAACAGGGUUAACGUUACUGUCAUUAAAGGAACACUAAAGGCAAUUAUUAAGUCAAGCUGAAGUGAUUGACUAGUAUAUUUCCAGGUGUCCAAAAUUUUCCUCAAUGAGAAUGGAGCAUUUUAGUGAGACUAUGAUGCCAAGUGUUAGGCAGAAUUGGCUCCACUACUGUGAACGUAAUAGUACCAGCUUCCGCAACAAUCUGCCCUGUUUGACUGGUAAGUUGUAGUCAACUAGUGAUAGUAAAAAUGUUGUUAAUUGUGUUGAGGUACAACAUGCUAGAAAAAGGAAGUGUCGCCAAAUUGAUUGUGCACUCCUACAGAAGUAACUUGCUGGUGUUACUUGUUUGCACUGCUCUGUCAGUGCUAUCUGAAGAGCGUGGCACCCUCAUUGUGUGGCACCUUCAUUAAAAGUAAGUGUUACAGUUCCCACCGGAGCAAGACCUCAGAGAUUGCUGGCACAGUGUAGGCUUCCUAUCUAAGAGAUUCUGUUUUCCUACAGGCGAUUUGAAUUUGUAUUGUGAAAAAGAUUGUGUGGCCUCUUCGAUUGCAAUUUCAGUCUGCAUUUAAGUCACUUCCUGAUACACAGCAGUGGCUGCGAGUGUGGUGUGGGGGAAAUGCUAGUCAACUUUGAUUCAGUGUUUGCCUUUAAUGUUCCUUUAAGGACAACCCUUAUGAUGAACUCCCCUCACCAAACAUCCAAGACAACGAUCCCAUUUAACUUAGUGUUCUGUUCCAAACCCUUGCAGGCUGUUUUGGUUCAUUGUAGACUGAAACACAGUUUGUGUCAUCGGUGUGGAACUUUGCCAAGCCACUGGAGGCAGCUUCUCUUUGAGGCUGUGGCAGUUAGCGAGAAGCAGUUAAUGAGCAAGUAAGAAGGGGCGUCCUCCACCUACUCCCAUUUGACUAUCUCAGCUGUGUCAGCUGAUGCCUACUGCAGUCCGAUAACGAACAUGUUGCCUGCUUUCAAGACUACCGUGAGGACAUGUAUCUACAGAAGCAUAAGGUGUGUUCCUGUUCUUAGUGGCAUCACAGGCAGUCUAGCUUGCCACCUAAACAGCUAUACAGUGUGCACUGGAAUGCAGGUUCCAUAAGCCAACCUGCCAAAGCAGACAUGCUUUUACUGCACAUAAAAAAAAUGUGGUGGUCAAAUAUGGAGUUUCACAUGACACAUAGCGCCUGUCUCGGAGCCCUGUUAACUCAGUCGGCCAGCCAAGGACUCGUCAAAAGUCAUCAAAGCGCCAGAACAUUGAUACAGCACAACCCCCUUCCCCCCCCCCCCCCCAAAAAAAAAAAAUUACAUGCGCUAACAGCAUUCAAGAAGACACUAGUGAACAGUAGUUGAAAUUAAUAGCUUAAAAGUUUACACACCCAAAAGCUUAAACACCCAUUUGUUUAACAGUCGUAGUAAUACUGAUUAUUUGGACCCUGUUGACAGCAGAUUCCUAGCAAAGUGUGCACCGAUGUUGACUACUUUUAUUGACUUCAAUAGGCAGUAAAAGUAUUUUCUCUGCUGGAGAAGCAGAAUGGGAUUUAACGUGGUUGCCAUCUGUAUUGACACUUGUGUAUAUACAUUAUGCUGGAACACUUGGGACACACCAGUUAAGGGUUGAUGGCACAAACAUGGUUACAACUUCGGCUACAACUUAACUUUGGUUUGGAACAGAACGCAUGUAUUGCUUCCGUCUGUGUCAGCUAAGGGUUAAUGCCAAUCAAACAGUAUUUCCUGCUGUCUUCCUACCUGGCUACGCUUCCAGUGCGAUGUGGCACUGCAUCACAAUUGUCUUUCUCUUCUCUCUCUUCAAGUUGUACUGUGCUUAUUUAUUUAUUUUGAAAAGGGGGGACGGCAACUUUGUAAUGGGAGUGUUUGCUUUCCAUUUUUACCUUGCGGGUGAAAGGUUGUGAAGUGCUUCUUCAGCCCAGCUGUAUCCUCUGUGUGGUUGCGUGAAAGGCAAAUGUUUCCACGUUAAUUUGGAGUUACUAUACCCAGAAUUUAGAAUGACUGUUUGUCGACAAACCAGCACAUUCUUUCAGUUCUUGAGAUGGCGUUUGCUAGUCCGAUCUGAAGCACGAGAAAGAAGGUUUUGUGUUUCAGUGUGCUGAUGGCUGUCAGCAAUUCAGUAGCUGGCGAGGCGUGCUUGAUUCGUCGACGGUGAAAAUUGUGUGUGUUGCAAAAAUAAAGACUGUGAAUCUGCUAUGAUGCGUGAUCAGGUUUGAGCUGCUCUUGGUCUUUUCCCGUUUAGCACAUCACAAAAGCACCUUCGUUUCUGUUCUCGGUCAACACUGUGGAAAUCAUGUGCUUCUGUCGAGUUUGUCACCUUAGCAUAGUUAAGCUUCAGCAGUUUGAACUAUUGCAAGCUAUGCAUGAGAAUUCGUGUGUAUCGGGUGCAAGCCAAUGCUGUGUGGCGGAAGGUGUGUGUCCUUCAGAAGAUAAUGUCGUGCUUGGCAUUGAACCACUGCUACUCACUCACCGACCAUUUGUUCAGAGACAUAUGAACGUCAAAAAAAAAAAAAAAGAGGAGGGCAAAUAACCAUGGCGAUGCGACAAGCCGUCUGUACAAACCCCCUGCCUACUGUGGUGACCAUGUCCAUCUAGCAUCUCGGAAGCGCCGACAAGAAGAAAUGCAGGUGUGCGUCUCACCAGGCAGAUCAUCUGGUUUUCCGUGAGCCGUCAUCAUUUCUGCAGAUCGCUUGGCGUCGUCCAGGGCUUUGUGCUAAGUGCCCCUCAGUGCUAUGGUCAGCGCAAGAGUGAAGGAAGAAAAUAACAAUAUCUCAACGUUGUACUCGGUAGGUGAUAGACAAAGGUCUUAGGUUGGUCUCUUUGCUGUACACAGCUGCCUCCGUGGUGCGUUUAUGCCGAGAUGCAAAAGGUGCCGAAUCAGUUGCAAUUUCGGUAUGGAUGGAAGUGGUUGCCAUGUUUUGGCCUGGUGGAAGCAUUGCAGGUUGGGCGAAAUGAUUGAGGGAUUAGCCGAAACACGUCUUCAAGUGAAGCUUGAUUUCUGGCAUCUGGUGGGUUUAGCUGCUGCGGUCAGUGGUGGUGGUGGUGGUUGUACUGAGGAGAGGACGAUGGCUGUUGCGAGGGGUGGGAGAGGCACGACACCGAGAGAAGGAGAGCUAGUAACAGUGUGUUGAUUGGUCGGCGUAAGCGAUGACGCCAUCAGGUCACAGUGGUGUGGCGGACACUAAAGCUUCGAUCACACCAAUUCCGCAGGCAUCUGCGUAGUUCAUUUCUUCCAUGGCUGCUCCAAGCGGCAUCUUCUGGAUCUCGGCGUAAACCACCAGUGUGGCUGUGGGCCUAAGUUUCUGUGUUAUUUGGAUGUUUAGAUGGAAAUAGCGCAGUACCGAAUUAAGCAUGUGUGCUACAGUAGGCUGUAUAGUGACAAGCUCUGUAGGUGUAUUUUAUUGUAAAACGGGCGUAUUGCUCCAAGCCAGACCAAACUAAGGACAGCUCACUUUGGGUGGUACACGGCAAAAAAAAAAAGAAAAAAGAAAAAAAAAAGCAAAGAAAUGCAGUGCGAACAAUAUAAGUCGUCGGAGGAGGAACAGACGGUACAAUUCCUGUUUGUUGGGUUGUUUGUGCAGUUUUUUUAAUGUUAUGCACAAUAUAUGCCAACUUGUCUAGUUCUCACUUUCACAAUGGGUGGUUCUUGCAGAUUGUGGCUAAUGCAAGUUUACAGCCUUGGGCCUCGUAGCAAACAUUUUACUACAUUUUAAUGUUCGAUUUGCAUCAAAACAGCACUGAAAAUUGGUAUCAUAUUUAAUCGAUGCUCAGACUCUCGGUUGAUUUACAGUUCUGGCCUACACAUUGCACAUGGCAAAUUCAAAUCAAGAGUGUUUCAUGUGCGAAUGGCAGGUGCUGAGCAUGUUGCACAUGAGUUUGUUUUGUUAUUUCUUCUCUCUGCAAAAUGCUUGAUUGAGUUGAAAGCUUAUUUUAGCAUACAGAUCAGUUUCUAUCUCUCUGUGCUGACCUGUGUCGUCACAUUUAAUGGAGGGCACAGUUAAUUAAGGAAUCUUUUUUUUUUUCGUGUGUAUGUGAUGCAUGUGCCCUAGUGAUAUAACUGUUAUGUCUGUUGUUUGCUGGCUGCAAAAUAAUGUCACGGUGAACGUAAUCAAACGGUUUUGUAAUAAGGUGCGACUAGGCUAUAGCUUGCACUGAUGUUAGGACAUUCUCAGCUUUUUCUUUCACUUUUUGGUUUGUAUAACGAUGGGCGCUAUGCAUCUUGACACUACUGAACGUAUCAUUCAUCGCUGCCGUGAUGUAGAGAUUAAAAAAAUAUAUAUACACAUGGUGCUUUGCUGCUUGGCAUGAUUCUCUCGUGGUCCAUGCUUUGGUGCCGGAUUUUUAUGAUACAGCUGUGUAGCUUUAUAGACAGCCUGUGGGCUAAUGGCGAAGCAUUUUUUUUUUGUUGCCAUAUUCUCGACAUUGUCAAGACGAGCACAGCAGCAGUAGACAGGUCUUGGCGUUUGUUUUAUGUUGAUCUCGUCUCGUUGCAUGAAAGAAUGUCAUCUCCAUGACAUGUAGCAGCAUGUUAAGCAGGGGUGUCCCAGCUUAUAAUCUGCAUUGUUCAUUUGAAGGUUGAGGUAGUACUUCCCGUGAGUGGAACCCCAAGACAGAGCACGAUGAUGGCCAGGGGUCUUCUCAUUUAUCUUUGAGUCAGUGAGAAAUAUUUUCACUGUGGCUUUUUUGUCCUGUUCUCGAGCGAGCCCCUUCUGGUGCACAUCACAGUUCUUGCUUGCAUUUCACGCCACGUAACAGACAGUCAUGGUGCAACUCAUUUCCCUUUGUUUUGCUUGGCUUCUGUAAUGAUAACACAUUACCCUUUGCAUAGGUUCUACCAGUAGCCUGUAUUCAUAGGUCUUGUGGGCCUCUUGCAAUUGCUGUAAUAACACUUGCUGAAAUCCAGUUUCUUUGACCUCUCAUGCAAGCAUUUAAUUUGUUUCCUUACUGAAUGCACUAAGGUGUAUUGUUGCCCAAGGUAUUUUGUGAGGAAAGAUUAUGACAGAUGUACGAUUAGGCAUUAACAUUAGGGAAUAAAACAUAUAUCUAGUACCAAAGAAGGCAUUCAUUUAGCGUUCACUACUAUAUGCUAUUAAGCAUAAGCAGAGAUCCAGCUUUGGCGUUCUUGGUGCUACUUUAAUGAAAAAAAAAAAAGAUACAGUGCCCAUUCUUAAGGCAUUUGUGGCUGCUCAUGUAUUAUACGUACAAGCUCUCCUGUCACUUUAUUUUGCAUGUGAUUAACACUAAGCUGUGUCACUGACAGUCCCUAGUGCAGUGUAGUUUUGAGAUACGCAGUGCAUUACUUUUGCCCUCGUCUAACCCGUAAGUUAAGAAAUACAGGAAUCUAUGGGAACAAUGAUGGUACUGCAUUAUAUUCACUCCAAAUCUGUAAUAAUGUUUCUGAUGCUGAGCCUGGACUUGCAAUGGCUUCAGGGUCAGAAGAGAGCUGUUGCAUGUCGCGGAAUGGAUGUUCACUUGGUUUAAUGUGGCUCUAUCACGUAAAUUCACUUGCGCAUACUGAACACUUUUUAGUGGCAUUUCAUCAGACCGCAUGCAGUCACAUGCAAGGACAUGCAAAGACGUUUGCUUGCCAAGGCACUGUUUAGGGCACUUUCAAUUGAGACAAAUUGCAGAGAGCAUGAAAUCUGAUGCCAUUAAUGCAGUGUCUGUAGGUAUGUUUGACAGUACUAUUGCUUGUGCACAUCUUAUGUAACUCUAACACUGUUCUAUGGAGAGAUACUGCAAAUUCAUAAGGAACCUCGAAGCUUGGACUUAUUUGUAAAACCAUGUCUUGCACACCGGUCCUCUAUGUACGACAGGUGUGGUAAGAAUCGUGAAUUUCUAAACUGUAUCAGUAUGAGACAACUGCCGCUUUUGUUUUCUUGCUAGCCUUGUUCCUUUUCCGGUGUUUAGCUAUCUUUACUAAGCCUUUUUAAUGUGCUUUUUCAUAAAUAUUGCUUGUGCACUUGUAUCUGUAUGUUUGCAUCAACACAAUAAGCGAGUGGACUCCAUUAGUGUUUAUUGCCUUCUUUGAAAAGUGAAAAAACAAAAGCAGACAACAACUGUGAAAACCAUUUCUUUUUCUGUAUUUAUCAUGAAAUUCCAAUAACACAUUAGCUGUGCAACUUCUUCAUGGCAUUUCUGUUUGCAGUGAUGGUGUUGUCUGGCCUAGUAAAGGUGUAAAACGUGCGAGUGCCAUGAACUCGUAAACAUUUUGAUUUAUUGAGGUGUAAGUUUGCCACAUUAGGUUGUAAUAUUUACCAACUUUAGAGUAUAAUUUUGACACCAACAAAUUUACCGUUUCUUUGCAUACUUUCCAGUCACGAAAGCAGUGCAUUGUGACAAUGUGUGUCCAGUAGGGUUCGUUACUGGAAAUUGCCUAGCUCACAACAUCAAAGGCAAGCAAUGCACACAAGAAUGGUAUCAAUUAAUGCUCUCUAGGAAAUUAACGUACCAAAGAGUAAGAAUUUUAGGGUUGUAUCAAGUGCUUGUGGCUCAUUUCGGACUAAUUUGGUUCUUGCUUCUCAUUACCGUUUUGAUUUCGAUCAUUCCUAAUUAGUAGAUGUGCACCUUUACGCAGCAGCUAUGUUAAAUUUAGGCAGUAUCGUUAGAAACAGAGUAAAACAGCCCAAAUUAUGCAGAGUACUGGUAUCUGACAACCACACUGUCUCACUCUGAUUGCAGUCAACAUGAAGCUACGUUAGUAGACAAGCAUGCAGCUGUGAGGGCAUUGUAUUAUGUUUCUUUUUUUGGCAUGUCAGCUGGCUUGUUGGAUGUCAUAUUUACCUACUUGCCCUGCAUAGUGACCUAUAAUUAGUAGUGUUAUUGUAAGGAAAGAGAAAGAAGUGAUGAAAAAUCUCGAAAGUCAUACGAGGAAGAAUUUUUCAAAAUGUGUAGGUAUUUGUUUUCUAGAGUGGUGAGCUUCUGCAACACUUUUUCCUACCAAAUGUUGAACUUACAAGCCAGCUUCAUCAUUUCAUUGCUGAUUUCAAGCAUACCGUUCAGUCGGCCCACACUUUCACCUCCUCCCAGAACUCCAAGACCAGAUUUUUACUAUGAGGGCAUUAGUUGUAUGUAUACAAGCCCAUGCCUUUUGCAUAAAGGCUUGGUCGAAGACUGAGACUGCUUGAAGAGUUGUUAGGAGGCAAAUGUUCCAAGAGUAUUUAUUGCCUGGUCCCAUUGCUUGUGGGUCCAGGUUGACGUACAUGUGGGGAGCUUCUGCGGACUGGCUUCUCCUGAUGCUCCGUUCUGAAACUCUGUACUUACGACUAGGCCUUAAACAAGUGUAGCCAUGCAUUUGAAGAGAAAGAUGUUCAAAUUAGUUCUUGGUUUAAAGAGAAAAUUUUGGUGCUCCACAUUAUCUCAACUGUGGAACCUGCAUAGUUGUUUCUUUUACUGCUCAUCAUUCAGCGAUAGUGUGUAUGCAUGAAAAUUUAAGACGGAACUCAAGUGUGUUUGUUAGUGGUGGCAUAUUCUUAUCCGCACCCUUCCACUAGAGGCAGUAAAUUAAGCAUGCUUAUUGCACAUUUAGCACUUCAAUUUUUUCUCUUUGUAGCCUAGAAAGUUCCUCGAGAUCUGUAUAGAAUCAUAUGAAACACAUUGUAAAACCUAACUCUGUGCUUACUUCAUGCUAAAAGAAAUGUUUCAAAUGGAACUUCAACUCUACUGUCAGUAGCUGCAUCGUAGAACAUGCUAUAAUGACUUUACAUUCGUCUGUGAGUAUUGAAAAAAUCUAGUCGUUAGCAUCGCAGGAUGAAAGUAUCCUGUAGAAGCGGAUGCGACUACUGGUGCUGCAAGCAGCAUAAAUUGUGGAUAGAGCAAGUUGGCCACAUCUUGGAACAGUUGUUCACCAGCUGACCCUAACGUAAAUAUGAAUGCAUUACUAACGUAAGAACUCUGUCAUAUGCUAGAAUAUUAACCUGGAGCUUCCGGCAGCCAACUUUUUUCACACACAGCUAUAGAAGUGGGCCCUGAAUUCAGUGCAGAUGUUGAUUCUGUUGUGAAGAUUUACAAAAUGUUAAAGCUAUGCAGUUAUUUGGUGACUUGCAGCUGGUUGUGCAGAAGCACUAAGCCGUUUCACCUUCUUCCUUACACAAGAUUACAACUAUAGUAGUGCAUUGCUGCAUGGAAGAUCUGUUUCGUAUUAACUACACAAGAAGGUACUUUGCAGCCUUGCAUUCGAACAGAAAAUUCACUUCUCAUCGUGCUUGCUUCCUAGAUGCUGGACCUAGUGUUUUCUACACUUGACCUUUCAAGCCUCUUUUAUGCUACCAUGUCCCAUAGACUUGUCAAGAACAUUUGACCAUAAGAUGGGUGAACUGCUUGCCUUGCUUCCUAAAUAAGGUGUCUUCAAGCAAUACCUUUUAAAUGUCUAGUUCUAAUAAACGUGUGCCAUCGGCAGCCGGUUUAUAAAGUUAGAAAUCAGAGAAAUGCUUUACACUGGUAACUUCAGUGAAUUAGCUAACAUCUCCUGGUUGCUUUCAUUCACGAAAUACUUGCUGCAAGAGGGAAGUUGAUGUCAACGAUUACCUUACAGACGAUUGCCGUGAGAUCGCAGGCCUGCAUUAAGUUUUCACAUCAGGCUGUGGCCUCUCUUCUGAUCCUGAACAUACUAUGAAAAAAUGUCUUAAAAAAAAACAGACAGCCCAAAACAUUUUGGUAAGCGCUUCAUUGUUUCAUGCAUUGACUGGUUUUGCAAUGUGAAUUGUAAAUGCGUGCUCAAAAUUUAAGUUACUGUUGUGGUCGUUUGUAACCAGAGCUGUCUACGCAAACAAAAAGAAAAAGAGCCAGUCACUUCAGUGGCACAGAAUGUGUAUAGGAGGCUACUGCACUGUUGCUUUGCUGACUGUCUCUUGUACAAAGAAAAAAAAAAGGAGGGGAACUUUUUACACAAUGGAAGGCUUUAAUUAACGUUCAUGCUGUCUGCUCGAGUGCUUUGUCAUGGUAUACAGAUGGAAAGCAGAAUGAAAAAAAAAAAAAAUUUGCACUGUCGAAGAAGUGUGUAUGUAGUUGUGUGUCUCUGCGAACACAAUCACCCGUGUUGUCUGUGGGGUGUUGUGGAAAGGUGGGCGGGAAGCAAGGACUUCCAGUGACCUGUCUACGAAUUUGUGGAUUUGUCGUCCGAACACUUGGAGCUCUUGAUUUGAAGGGUAUCUUAAAUAAAACUACUCCGUAACUUGUAAUACUUGUGAAUUCCUAUGGCAUAGAGUUGCCAGGACUUGCUGUGAAAAUGCUUUUUCUUUUGUGCUUGACACAGUUUCGUCGAUGCUUCAGAUGGAAGGGACACUGUAUGUUGUAAAGCGCAACUCUAACUGCAAACUGAUUUUCUGCGAGAUCUACUCGUUUCUUGGCACCAAGUGUUUUGGUGUUCCUAGCCUAUCCCAAUGAAGAGUCGUGUAAGGAGCCUCCCUUAGUACCUUAUCAAAAGGCUAAUUGGUGACAUCGUCACGGAAAAGGAAAUAAAUGGUUUCGAAACAUGCUAUUUCGGAAGGUGUUGUAAUAUGUCAUAUGUUUUCGAAUUAUGCCCCCAAGCACUCGAUGAUUUACUCCGAUGGUGUCUGAUUUCUCUCCGAUUGGCUCAAAGGAGAAAUUGUAGGCAGUGAAUUGGAGUGUUGUGAAAUGUGCAGAAUAACUGCCAAACUGCGAGAGCCAUUGAUGUGACGGACAUAAAAAAACUGGCGCAUUCAUUAGCCCAGAAGCUUCAUAUAUGUCUCUUUUGUGUCAUCCAGCCGGCUGUAGGUAAACUGAAGGAAUUAAGCGACGUUGUGCUAUACGCGAGAGCAAGAUGCAUAUGCAGCAUUUUCUUUUUCACUGACGGGGGCACAGAAACGCACAUUUGGCGGAUGAUCCCCAGAACUGGUCACGCGAGAUGGCUGCGGAUUUUUUUUUUCUUUUUCAAGCUGACUCUUGCGACCUGUGCGACUGAGGGAACGCGAGUGAUCGGCCAGUCAGUUUGUCCCGAAGUAUGAUGGUUCCUCCUUUCGGUAUCGUCUGACACCAAGAAAUAUUUAUUUAAUACACCUUUGCUUUCCCGCUUCUGUGAGUCUUGCGUCGUGUUUCGUGUAUAUUGUGUGUUGACUGUGGACGGCGUUGAAUCUCUUCAUCUUCCUCGUGGGGCAAAUGGGAAUUUUGCGAGUGCGAGCUGUCUCUUGUACUCUAUUUUUAUUUGUCUCGUCUUCACAAUUCCCCCUUUGCGCAUUCUGAUUGUACUCAGAGAUGAUAAAGAUGUGAAAAGAAAAACUGUACAUUCUCAGAGCGCGUGCUAUGUAGAUUGAAUGCUAAUAAAGUUCAGUUCUUCCCGAA